AGAUGGAGCAGUUGUGGCAGAGACCGUGGCGCACAGCAGCGGGCAGCAGCUGAGCGGAGAGAGAGGAGCGCGCAGGAAAACGGUCUUGGAGAGACCAGGGUCAUUCCCAUCACUCUCCGCCGGCAAGUCGGACCGCAGACACAUCGCAGGGUAACUGCGUGAAGGAUGAGCCCAAAAAGAAAAGCAUAAGGAGCGAUAAAACACCUGGGGACCCCUGGCAGCGGGGGGGACAUGACUGACUUCCCAUGGAGGGGAGCGCAAGGAGGCUGAGCUCCUUCCCUUUCACUCCUUACCAAGAUACAAGUUGGAUGUAUGCCGAGGAGAUGUGGAUCUUUGGAGGACUGGAUAUUUUCGUUUGCCCGCUUAAUUAGCGGAGUUGAUUUUGGAUUCACUUCAACCGGCACAAGACUUUGCCGCUGGUCCUGAGCUGUCCUCAUCCGCGCAGCGGAGCGCACGCUGGCGCAAUAUUAAGAAUAUAAACUACUCGUCUGUUUUUAAAGACUUCAACACGGGGAGUGCACAGCCAUAGAUCAUUUAGGUGGGUGGCCAUAACAACUCUUGAAUGUGUUUUUAAAAGCUGACCAGUCGUCUUUUUGCUGUGUGCACACGCAUGGACUCGCACCUGGAUUACAGCGACAUGGAAGCAUGCAAAAGGGAGCUGAGAUUUUGAUGCGCUUCUGAGACAUUUAACACGCAUGCCUCUGCUUUUCCAAAUGAACUGUUGAGACUUUUCAAUGCUGUUUUCAGCCUCGUUUUUUUCUUUUGGCUCAACGCUCAGGUGGAAAUGUUCUGGCUGGAGACGGUGCCAUGUACCGACAGGGAGCUCCGUUCAUACAAAUAAAUAAAAAUAGAAAACAGCACCUAUAGCAGCCCGGGGUGGACCAGCGUCAAUGCAGGCACCAGUAUAAUCACACAGACACGCCUCGAGGAUCAUUAAACAAAUCAGAUAAACGCAGGGCGAAAUCCAUCAAUACAAGUUAUUGAUGAGGUGGUAUAUAAGUCUAAUGAUUGGCCAAGCUUCUGUUUACUCAAUAGCUCGGCAACAAUAUGCUGUGAAACUUUGGCUGAGGGCUUGACAGCUGUGGCAAACAGUGAGAGGAGCAAACGAUGACUUUUCAUUAAAUAUCCUUUUUACUGCAGCCUUUUUUUUUGAGUAAUUGGAGAGAACUGCUGGAAUAUUCUUCCUUAUUUCCUCAGUAGAAUGUCUGCUGCCUGUACAGCUGCUGCAGGAAUCUAUCGACCAGGAAUUUUUGUGGGGCAAAUUUCAGAAAAGAUAUUUCUGAAAUAUUUAUAGCAACUCUUCUGCAAGGAUGGUGGUGGUGACAAGGAGCCUAUGGAUGACCCAGUCUGUGGGAGAGCUGGUGCCGAGACAGUUGACCUCUCCGCCAGCUACGCUGUCCGUCUAAAACUCUUCCCCAGAGAGGCGCAGCUGCUGCGGGCUGGGGAUGUGAUGGGGUGACUGUUGACACCCCCCUCACCCACCCCCUCUCUCACUUUAUUAGCGGUGUAACAUAAACAAUGGAUCAGAAUUUCUCAACGGUUCAAGACGGCAAGCAGCUGCUACCAGAGAGAGACUCGUCCAAACGCGUGCUGACAGGAUGCUUCCUCUCCCUCCUCAUCUUCACAACGCUGCUAGGCAACACACUUGUGUGUGCCGCUGUCACCAAGUUUCGACACCUCAGGUCAAAGGUUACCAACUUUUUUGUCAUCUCUCUGGCCAUCUCUGACCUUCUGGUGGCUAUCUUGGUAAUGCCAUGGAAGGCGGCGACAGAGAUCGUGGGGUUUUGGCCGUUUGGCGCCUUCUGCAAUGUCUGGGUGGCAUUUGACAUAAUGUGCUCCACUGCCUCCAUCUUGAACCUGUGUGUGAUUAGUGUCGACCGUUACUGGGCCAUCUCGAGCCCAUUCCGCUAUGAACGCAAGAUGACCCCUAAAGUGGCGUGUCUGAUGAUCAGCGUGGCAUGGACCCUGUCCGUCCUUAUCUCCUUCAUUCCUGUGCAGCUUAACUGGCACAAAGCUCAGACCACUAGCUACGCAGAGCUAAAUGGAACUUAUCCCGGUGAUCUUCCCCCUGACAACUGUGACUCCAGCCUUAAUCGGACUUACGCCAUCUCCUCCUCCCUUAUCAGCUUCUACAUCCCUGUGGCUAUUAUGAUCGUCACCUAUACCCGGAUCUACCGCAUUGCCCAGAAACAGAUACGGAGAAUAUCUGCCCUGGAGCGGGCAGCAGAGAGUGCCAAAAACCGCCACAGCAGCAUGGGGAACAGUUCGACCAUAGAGAGUGAGAGCUCAUUCAAAAUGUCGUUCAAACGAGAAACCAAAGUCUUAAAGACACUCUCAGUCAUCAUGGGGGUGUUUGUGUGCUGCUGGUUGCCCUUCUUCAUCCUUAACUGCAUGGUUCCGUUCUGUGAGCCGAACUUGCCAGAUGGUGCCACGGACUUCCUCUGUAUCAGCCCCACCACCUUUGACGUGUUCGUGUGGUUCGGCUGGGCUAACUCCUCGCUCAACCCCAUCAUCUAUGCCUUCAACGCUGACUUCCGCAAGGCCUUCUCCAUCCUCCUGGGUUGCCACCGGCUCUGCCCAGGGAGCAACGCCAUUGAGAUCGUCAGUAUUAACAACAACAUGGGUGCCCCUACCUCAAACCCAAACUGCCAGUAUCAGCCCAAGAGUCACAUCCCAAAGGAGGGCAACCACUCGGCCAACUACGUGAUUCCACACAGCAUCCUGUGUCAGGAGGAGGAGUUACAGAAGAAGGACGGAUGUGGAGGAGAGAUCGAGGUAGGGAUGGUAAACAACGCCCUGGAGAAACUGUCCCCAGCCAUCUCUGGGAAUUUAGACAGCGACACUGAGGUCACGCUGGAAAAGAUCAAUCCCAUAACGCAGAACGGACAGCAUAAAGCUGUGUCAUGUUGAGAAAAGGCAAAGAUAGAUUGGAGUACACCGAGGCAUGUAUGUACGCACAAGGGGAAGAGAUAAGCUUAAAUGGAAGGACAGCAAAGAGAAACAAAAGAGACAGACAUCUCUAAGAAUAUGCCUGAAACAGUAAGGGGGACAGGGACGUCAAGACUGUCAACAUAAAUCCACAUGGAAAAACCUACAGAAUGUUUAAAAGUAAAGGCACUUUAUCCUGGAUAUAACUAUCUGCAAAAUACUCUCAGCAUUUAUUGAUGAAAUUGACACAUUUGAUGAUAAAUGUUGAUAAUGUGAAUAUUAAAGCAGAACACUAGCUAUGUGCACAUGUAUACAUUUUUGAACAGUAUUCAGAGAAAGAUGUGUAUAUCUGCACGUGCAUACUGUACAGUACUGACACUGUCCUGGGAGGACUUCAACACAGUAUAUACAGUCAAGCAAGAUGUAGUAACCAUUAGAAAAAAUGUCUUGUUGGUAUAGGUGCUUUAUAUGUGUGUUUCAUGGAAGCGAGAACAAUGUUGGUGAAUUGGUUUUGGUACGGUAUAAUUAGUUGUUUUUUGCAGUUAUUUCUCUUCAGUACGUUUCUAUGGGUGAUUUUGUUGCAAAACCGAAUCACCUGUAUUGCAGUUGUUAUUUAUUUUUUUAAAGAUGACUUCAUACACCAAAGUAACAAUGUUCUGAUCCAAACUAAAACAGGUGGGAUGCACGUGAUGGAGUUCCAUACCUUAAGCCAAGAUAUUUCAUUUUUACAACCCCCUUUCCCCCUAUUAUUUUCCGGAUCCAAAUCCUCAUAGAGCUCGAAAUGUCCAGGGUCUGACAGAUGUGUGUGAGAGACAGAAACAAAGAAUGGGGCAUAGAACGAGGCGCUCCUAUAAGGUCAACUCUCCUUCCUCUGUAGUCUAUUCUGAGCCCUCCUUGGUCAUCUCCACCUGGGACCGACCGGACGGGCUCACCUGAACUUUUCUCCAUUUCUCUUCCUGGCUCGCUCACUUCAUUAGCUUUGUCUCCCACAUCUGCUUCUCUUCUGCAAACCACCUCUUGAGCCCUUUCCUCUCCAUUGCUCUGUCAGCAAAGUCCCAUUCUCCCUCCUGCUGCCCUUUUUUCCUCACCAUUCUCAAAGUCUUCUCUCCUCUUCCUCCUCCUCCUCCCCACCACUUCCUCAAUCAGCACGGGCCCUUUACACCUGCGCCACGUUUUCUUUAAUGCUUUCUUUCACUCUUUCGGGCCUGCUCCCUCCUCUCUCGCUCCCCUGGCAGCCCUCCAUUUUAAGUCCCUACUCUGACCACUUAAAGCGGCACUAAUGAUUCUAUUUUUGGCGAAGGCCGUCGGUACGUAAUUAAAAAAGAAUGUAAAUCUGUACACGUCUAAACUUCCGCACUUGGACAGAGGAAGCAGAGCAGCAGCAGCAGCAGAGUUUGCUCAGCUGGAAUCCAAGUGACACUUAGUGACCUUUUGCAAACUUGCAGAUAUCUGAUUUUGUAAAUUGCUCAUGCUGGAAUCCAUGCUGUGCUGUAGUGGGGAUGUGGAGCAUGCAGUGUGACGGCUCUGUUUGCAGGGAGUCCAGGAUAAAACAUCGUCAUGAUGAGGAAUACCUUGAAGAUACUGGACAUAUUUGUAUUGAUUCUCCUCACCCAGAGAUUUGUCUUUGCACAGUUGCAUUUUAAAAAUAAGGACGCAGCACUAAAAUAUAUGAUUACCAUGUACAGAAAGUGUUGACGUUAGAAUAAAGUCGUUAAGAAAAGGCAGUUUUGAGUAAGGUAGUCCUUAUUAUGAAUGAAUGUACCUGCCACAGAUUUGCUGUAAAACUACUGCUGCCUGAUACAUUUCAAUGAUAUAGUUUUCAACACUUUGCAGUGCUUAUACUUACUUCUACUCUGUGCACUGAUGAAAUUGACAUUUGAAAUAUUCAAAUUUGAGUUAAAAGUUAGACAAAUUUACAUAAUAAUUGUCUAAAACAGCCAAGCAGCAGGAAUAUGUUUUAAUUUAUCUAACAUUUUUUAACAUAAGCUAACAUUAGCCACCAUAAGCUAUAAGCUAACAAACCGAGAAUAUCUAUUGAAAAAUCAAAUUUUUCUAUGGUGCAUUUUAACGCUUAUUUAUUAAAUUUGUUAAAUUUGUUAUAUCUUCUUUCAGUUGUUGGUUAAUUUAAGUUGUAUGUGUUUGUGGCCAUUGUAAUGGACAAUUUCAAGACUUUUUUUUUAUCGCUACCUAAAUAAUUUGAACCAGAAUUUAUGAAGAUUAUAGUUUUUUUCAUAGCUUGAAUGAAAUUAAAGUGUACAUUUUUUCAGAGCUUAUGUAAAUGCAAGUCAAUGCAUGUUAAGCAUAACUGUCAGAGCUGGACACGGUUGGCGCUCUGGUUCAAGUCUCUGCAUUUUUUUCUGCCAUUGUUAGUCGGGCGUCCACCCUGUGCUGUGUUUGUCCAUGAAGGCGUGAAACUAUUGCUCGUCAGGGAAGGGAAGAACUGAUCCGAUAGAAAGCAAUUGGUCUUGAACGAAGCAUUUGAUUUUCCUGCUGUGGAAAAUCCAAUGCUAUCUAGAUGGCAACAGAGCGGGGGAAAGCUUUUAGCUCAAUACAUGGCUCGGCCAGUGACACAAAAGCAACUCAUUGUCCUCUCUGCCUCCAUGUCCUCUGCCCCUGCCAUUUGCUGCUCGAUCACUUCAAAAACCAAUAUUUAUGAACUGGACUAAGUUGUUUAUAUUUUUUUAUUGUGAAUUAAUUAAAUUUUUCCAAUUGCUCAAAUUCUAUUACCACUGCCACAUUACACCCCAUCACAAGUGCUGCCAAUUGCCUCUUAGAAAUUCUCGACCAUAUCAGCUCAACGGCCCUCCAUUUUCACUCUUCACCAGCUCAUCCCUAAUUAUUCCAAAACACAAGCCGUCUCGAACAGGCAAUAAAUUGUGGACUGCACAUAAUCUGUCAGGAUCGGACAUGGGAGAGAACUGCCUUGAGGACGAUUUGGUCCUCCCCUUCUCCCUCCGCCUCCGCACUCUAUCCUCCUAUUCCCUUUUCUCUUUCUCUUGGCUGCCUCUGUCGACUUGAUGAGCGUUCCCAAUGUUAACACAGAUUGAAUUUAUUAUUAAACAGACAGGGCCUACCGCUCCAUUGCUGUAGUUCAAAGCACCGAAUCAAAGCCCCACCUGGCUGUUUUUUCAUUAUUGUUCUUAUACUAUUGCUGUUGCCAAAAUCUUUCUUUUUUGGCUGAAUGUGGCUGUACUGUAGCUUAUACUGUGAGUUAACCAGUGUUUUAUAAGCCGAAGUUCGUGGGGGCAGUGAAGGGGUGUACUUUUUAAUGAUAAUAGAGAUUAAUCUGUCAUCUGUCCUGACAUCAUUGGCAUUUACAGGUUUACCAGAUGUUUUUUUUAUAGAAGCGUACCUCCAGCUGAGAGUUGAAAUGAUCUCUGCUGUAUUUUGGCUCCAUGUAAAAGCGCCCGCCCCCCCUCUGAGCUUUCACCUUGUCAACUCAGUGACUCAUCUUUCCAUCUGCCACUGCUGUGAUUUCCGAGCAGGGCGAUGCAGGAAACCGCCCCACAAGCAGAAUGCUUUGUUUGAUCUGGAGUGUCUCCCCCUAGGCUGCCCUACGAGUUGCUUUGGGGGAGGCUCUAAUGACAGCACUGGGUCUCCCAGUCAGUGUAGUUGCAUGAAUAAUGACAACUUAACAUCUGACUGUACAUCUGACAGUGCAGAAUCCCUCCUCCUCCUCCUCUUCCUCCUCUUCCUUUGGUGGUGGGAUGGGCACGGGUUAAGACGCAAAGGCUCAAAGCAACACUGCCAGGCCCUGGGAAUGUGGGUUUUAUUCUAAUGAUGACGUUUCAGCUCACUUCAACUGUCUAGGAGAACGACGGAGUCCCUACCUCGACAUCAAUUCAAAGUUUCAUGUCAAAAAAAAUACGAAAACUACGAAAAAUAGAAAUGGCAGUAUUUAGGGAUGGGAGAGCAGAGAUAGAGUAUUGUACAAUGAUGUUCAAAAUGUAGUCGUGAUGAACACAAGUGCUUUUUAUCUUCGAGAAUCCUUAAUGUGUGUAGCAAAUUUACAUGCUGUAUGUUUUCUCCGGCGUGGGAUUAUAAUUUACAGUGAGAUGCAACAUUCACUGUCUAUUUGCAGUAUAUAUAUAUAUAUAUAUAUAUAAAUAUAUAUUUAUUUAUUUCCAUGUUUUUGGGUGUUUCAUUCAUGAAAGUGAUGUCAAAGCUUAUAACCCUCAGAAUUAUUACAGUAUUUAGUUUACAGUUUGUACAAAAAAAAUUAUGUGCCCUUUCUUGUAAAAUAAAUGUAUGUAUUUUUUUUUCCA